CGAUAUCAACGUCACUAGGUAGGUAUUCAAUGUCUUUGAACAUGAAAGGACUGCGCUGCCCGUUGGCGCUUUAGCGACCAGGCUCCAGCUGCCCCCUCCCAAUCGCACCACCAUUGCGCUUCUCCCGCGGGGGAAUGGGACCCCGGACCGGGUAAUAUCCUCUCCAAGACGUUGAUUCGAGGCCGGCGACCUCGGACCGCAAGCCGACAACCGCGACCACGGCCCGAAUGUCAACCACAACUCCCAUCCCUUCCUGAGUCUCAAGAUCAGGACGACCCUGCACCAGACGAGAUGGCAGAUACAUAAAGGCUUCUUCGCGUCGACAGCGGCAUCUACUUCCACAGCCUUCGCCAUCAUCACUCGCCCGACAUUUGCCUUGGCAUGCUCAACAUGACAGAUAUAAAGAAGGACGAGUUCAGUUUCGACAAGGUCGAUGAGGACCUGAAGGGCUUCUUCUAUGCCCCACCAGGCUAUACUGACCACGCCUUCAAAUCCUCCAGCGGCGUCGAGCUCGGAAUCCGUGUCUGGCCGGCUGAGAACGUGGUCCAAGACCCAGCCCCGAUUGUGUUCUGGACCCAUGGAGGCGGGUUUCUCGGCGGACACCACUUCGUCCCACUUCCGUGGCUGACACCCGGCUUCCGCAAGCGCGGUUACCACCUUGUUUCUCACAACUACCGUCUUGCUCCCCAAGCCGCCCUUGAUGACCAAGUCGCCGACUCUAUCGAGGCUGUCGAAUGGUGCCGCAAAAAUCUCCCGUCUAUCUUGGGCGAGGGCAAGGUUGACGUCGACCGCUAUGUCCUUGUUGGCGAAUCCGCUGGCGGAACCCUGGUGACUCUAAUGGGCCUGCACUUGACUUCACCUCCUCCAAGGGUCAUAGUCGAUGUCUACGGCCUUGUAGACAUUUCGCCCUUUGUCAACAUGCCCGGCCGCACGACUGAGCCUUGGAAAGGAGAGUUCACCGACGAGGAACUAGAACGCUUCAUCAACGAUCGGGAUCUGAACAACGUCUUGACAGAUGCUUGCUGCUGGAACGAGCGGGAACUAUUUUCCGAGGAAGAAGUUAGAAAGCGCUGGGCGGCCGACAUUAAGUACGACAAGCGUUUCCGACUACAGGCUGAAGCCCACCAGUGGCGUUCUGUAAGGGCGCUUCCGGGUGACAUUCACAAAGCCUUCCUCCACAGCGAGCGAUUUCCUGACAAGGCAGAACUGGGCAAGUUCAUCACGUCUAUUGCUCCUCUCAGGGUGCUCCAGGAGGACAAACAGCGGCCUUACCCACCAACUGCCUUCCUCCACGGUAGCGCCGACGAGCCUGUGCCCAUUCAGCAAAGCUAUGACAUGGCCGCUACGCUCAGAGAGAGAGGCGUUCCUGUCAUUGAGAGAUACGAGGAGGGUGAACCGCACGUAUUCGACAUAAAAUACACGGGCCCCAAUGUCCCAGGAUGGGAGACGACCAUUCAACCCAUUCUCGAUUUCGUUGACCAGCACGUUGGGAUUAAGAGGCAGUAAGACGAAGCCCACACGGUGGUACUUGCAAAUGGCAGACACCAUCGGUAGCCACCGAGGAUUACAAAUCAUGGUGAAUUACGAAUGCGAGUAAAAGUUUUGUCUCCACCAUUCGCAGUUACCUUGUACAUCCAUCUUUUGCAGCCAAUUUCGUCUCAUCCUGUACAACCACCUCUGAAAGAACUCCAGACUCCGGCCUCCGUCAAGGCCCCGACACCUGGUUCUGCCUCAAAA